UUUGUCUGGCAACUCCCCACCGUCUUGUUGUUGUUGUGAUUCCCUUGUCAUUAUUUUGCAAUCAAUUCUUAAAAAGAUUUGGCACACCAAAAAAACGCGGAAAAUAAGCCAUGCAGCGACAAAUGAUUAAUAUCCUGGGACAGACGACGCGCCGCUUGGUCAGUGGUCAACAAAUCCGCCCAUUGUCAGUUUCCUCGCGGCGCCAAGAGAUCUUCAAAGUACAAAGUGCCGAGGAUUUCGACAAGAAAGUGAAGAACAGCCAGCAUCCCGUGAUUGUGGACUUUUUUGCAACAUGGUGCAAUCCCUGCAAGCUGUUGACACCCAGAAUCGAGAGUAUUGUGGGCGAACAGGCGGGCUCCAUUAAAUUGGCCAAAGUGGAUAUAGAUGAGCACAGCGAACUGGCUUUGGACUACGAUGUGGCCGCCGUUCCCGUCCUGCUAAUCAUGCAAAAUGGCAAGGAAGUGCAGCGCAUGGUGGGCCUCCAGGAUGAGGACAAAAUCCGUGCCUGGAUUGCCGCCGCAGUCAAGCAGGCCAAAUAGGAUCUGAAUCACCCAAAUAUUAGAGGAUAACUCCUUGUAAACAAAGCCCAGCUUUAAAUUAUUCGGACUUUCGAAAUAAAUGUUUAUUUACCCGUUGAAACAACAAAGAAA